GUCAAAUCUGAAACUAAAAAUAUUUUUUUAACUGUUAUUUUUGUAAGGAUAUUCAAACAAUAUUUUAGGUGUUUUAAUAUUGGCGUAAAACAAAGUUUAUUUUCCAUUUUAAUUCAUAAUUUUGUUAUACUUUGAUUCUCGAAUGUAAAAAAAUGUUAGAAAAUACAAAAUUGUUCGGUUUGACAAUUUUAGCUUUAAUACCUUGGAAAAUUUUAUAUAAUAAGUACAAAACGAAUCAAUUGAAGUAUGAAAAGCAAUUACUUUUUCACGAAAGACAUAAUUGCGUAGUGAUGUACACUAAUAUUAAAGGUAUGAGUGGUUGGCCUCCUUAUAAAGAUCAAAUAGUUGCAAACAUUAAAGAGAAAAAUUGUUUAGAUCCUUUAUAUGAACCAAUAAUUUAUUUCAUAAAUACAGCGGAUAAAAGUUUAGAUAUAUCAUAUAUGAUUAUUGCAAUUCAAAAAGUUUACAAUACUAUUAUUGAAGCCUGCAAAAGGGGUGUCAAAAUAAGGUUACUAAUGAAUUUUGAGGAAUCCAAAAAUAAUUUAAUCCCAGUGCAAGACUGUAUAAAGGAAGGGGUUUCAGUACAGUUAUAUCAUAAUAGAAAUCAGAAUUGUGUGAGUAUAAUGCAUUAUAAAUAUAUGGUGAAAGAUUAUGAGGAAGGUAAAAGUGGAUAUAUAGUAAAUGGUUCUAUGAAUUUAACAAGUAACGCUUUUCUGGAAAAUUAUGAAAAUCUGAUGUUUAGUACAGAUUCAUAUCUUGUGAAAUCAUUACAUGACAAUUUCGAAGAUUGUUGGAAAUAUAUUCAAACAGAAAACAAAAAUUUUUAACUGAACUCACUACAGUGGAUUACAAUUUAUUAUGAGUUUAUUGUAAUUUAAA